ACUAUAAAUACCACCUCCAUUUCUGCGGUUCUUCAGCCCUUUUCCUUGAGACCCCUUCAUAGUACUUAACCUUCAAUUUGCAACAACUGUAAAGGCAAGAAGCAUCAUGUAGUCAAAUUCCUCAUAGCUCUUCGUGAUAAAUGUAAUUGUAAAAGUUCCUUUCUUCAUUGUACUCCGAACCCUCGUUUGAAGACAGAGCCCAAACUGGAUUAGAUAGGCUCCAUUUGUUUGGUUCAACAGGAAACGAAAUUCGAAAUUUAAAAUUUGGCCUCUUUUCUUUCACGUGAUUCUACAGCGCCGACAGCUGCUCGCAAGCCCUUACUGUUAAAUGCUUUGUCAUCUUCCCAAUAUUGAAGCUUUCUGUUGCUUUACCCUCUUAAUGUUUCCCUUCCUUCCGAGUCAUUGCCUUAUAGGGGAAUGAAAAUGGUCCAAUCACAUUCACAGUACUCGUGCCCCAAAAAAAUAAACUGAGAAGGAGGAGAGAGCCAACCAGCCAGUUGAGGGUACUCUGUUUUUCAUCAUUUCUCCAACAACCAUGUUUAUGAGAAGUAAACAAUCUGUACAAAAGUUGUUGCUUUUCUUAUCAAAUGUUCUUCUGUUACUGUCAUUUUGUUUUGCUUCUCAUUCUCGAGAGGCAGCCAAUUUGUCACAACCGUCUGAUGCAAAAUCGCUUUUAGCAUUCAAAUCCAAAGCCGAUUUGAGGAACAACCUUCUAUUUUCUCAAAACGCAACCUUCCAUUUCUGUCGGUGGCAAGGAGUCAUCUGUUAUCAACAAAAGGUUGUGCGGCUACUCCUCGAAAACUUAGAUCUUGGUGGCAUUUUCCCUCCGGACUCGUUGUCUAAACUUGACCAGCUCCGAGUUCUGAGUCUAAAGAACAACUCACUCACCGGACCCAUUCCUGAUCUUUCCCGGCUUGUCAAUCUAAAAUCUCUCUUUCUUGAUAAUAAUUUCUUCUCUGGUUCAUUCCCUUCUUCAAUCUUGUUCCUUCAUCGCCUAAAAGCCUUGGACUUAUCCAGCAACAACCUCACUGGACAAAUACCAAAAAAUUUAACUUCCCUUGACCGGUUAUACUCUCUGCGUCUUGAUUCGAAUCAGCUAAACGGUUCGAUUCCUCCUCUGAACCAGUCGUCUCUUCAAACAUUCAAUGUUUCAGGAAACAACCUGACUGGUGCCAUACCUGUAACACCAGCAUUAUCACGUUUUGAUAUCUCCUCUUUUUUGUUUAACCCUGGGUUAUGUGGCGAAAUCAUACAUAAAGAAUGCCACCCCAUCCCACCCUUUUUUGGGCCAUCAACGGCUGUAACGGCGGCACCCCCACCAGCUAUUGUUCUUGGGCAAAGUGCACAAGUACGGGGAGUUGAGUUGACUCAACCCAGUCCAAAGAAGCACAAGAGAACCGCAGUGAUUAUUGGUUUUUCAUCCGGGGUCUUUUUUUUAAUAGCUUCACUCCUCUGUUUUGUAAUGGCCGUGAAAAAACAGAAUCAGAGAAACAAUAGCAAAUCAAAGGCUUUGAUAACGUCUGAUGAUGCGGCGGCGACUGCUCAAGCAGCAGCUGUGAUUCAACUUGAACAAGAGAACGAAUUAGAAGAGAAAGUGAAGAGAGUUCAAGAAAUGCAAGUGGCUAAGAGUGGAAAUUUAGUAUUCUGUGCGGGUGAGGCACACUUGUAUACGCUGGACCAGCUGAUGAGAGGCUCUGCUGAGUUGCUUGGUAGAGGAACCAUGGGAACCACUUACAAAGCAGUGCUUGAUAACCGUCUGGUUGUUUGUGUGAAGAGGCUUGACAGUAGUAAAUUAGCAAGCACAAGCAAAGAAAUGUAUGAGCAGCACAUGGAAUCAGUGGGAGGACUCAGGCAUCCGAAUCUUGUUCCACUGAGGGCAUACUUUCAGGCCAAGGAAGAGAGGCUUCUUAUAUAUGAUUAUCAGCCCAAUGGUAGUCUCUUCUCCCUCAUACACGGGUCAAGAUCAACAAGAGCAAAGCCACUUCACUGGACUUCAUGUUUAAAAAUAGCAGAAGAUAUAGCACAAGGACUCUCUUAUAUCCACCAAGCGUGGAGGCUAGUCCACGGCAAUCUCAAGUCCUCUAAUGUCCUGCUUGGUCCUGAUUUCGAGGCCUGUCUUGCUGACUAUUGCCUGGCUGCUCUGUCCAAUUCACCUCCGGAAUAUGACCCAGCUAACCUAGCGUAUAAAGCCCCAGAAACCCGCAAUGCAAGUCAUCACCAAGCGACCGCAAAAUCAGAUGUUUAUUCAUUUGGGGUUUUGUUGGUUGAGCUUUUAACAGGAAAACCACCAUCGCAGCACCCGUACUUGUUGCCUGAUGAAAUGAUGAAAUGGGUUAGGUCGCAUAGGGAAGACGAUAGCGGAGAAGAUGAUAGGUUAGGUAUGCUAAUGGAGGUGGCCAUUGGUUGUAUAUUGACAUCGCCUGAGCAAAGGCCCACUAUGUGGCAAGUGUUGAAGAUGUUACAGGAGAUUAAAGAGGCUGUAUUAAUGGAUGAUGGGGAAUCGGAUCCACACAUUGGCAUGUCAUAGUUAUUAUUUUCGUAGAACUCCAUGACCAUGUCCACGGCUGAUGCAUUAUCCGUGCAUUUAGGAAAAAAGAUACAGUAGAUGAAAAACCAUGUGCAGGCCUAUUUUUAGUUGCUUUAAUUACGACAUUAUUUUGCCUGCUACUUUGAUUAUCUUAGUGUGGUUUCUAAGAUUAUUAUUGGUGGGUGUCCAUCCUUUUCGAUUUA